GGAAUCAGUUUCCUCCCAUUGCAGCUCAAGAUCUUCAGUUUGUUCUGAAGGCUGGAUACUUGGAAAAACGCAGAAAAGACCACAGUUUUCUCGGCUUUGAAUGGCAAAAGCGUUGGUGUGCUAUCAGUAAGACAGUCUUCUAUUAUUAUGGAAGUGACAAAGACAAACAACAGAAAGGUGAAUUUGCCUUAGAGGGCUACACCAUCAGAAUGAAUAAUAGCCUUCGGAAAGAUGCAAAGAAAGAUUGCUGUUUUGAAAUCUCUGCUCCUGAUAAGCGCAUUUAUCAGUUUACAGCUGCCACUCCCAAAGAAGCAGAGGAAUGGGUACAGCAAGUCAAAUUUGUAAUUCAAGAUAUGGAAUCUAAUACCAUUCCUGAGGAGGAGGAAGAGGAGUAUGAUGAUGUUGGACAAGUGAGCAGUGAACCAAUAGAUGAUAGCAUUUAUGAAGAAGUUAAAGAAGAACGUGUUCCUCCAAAGGCAGAUGUGCCAAGAAAACUGAGCCAGGAAAAAGUUACCACUGUUUCAGAUGACAAAAAUACCGAUUAUGCCAAUUUCUAUCAAGGUUUGUGGGACUGCACAGGAGAUGUACCUGAUGAGCUGACAUUUAAACGUGGUGACGUUAUCUACAUUCUCAGCAAGGAGUACAAUAGAUUUGGCUGGUGGGUAGGAGAAAUGAAGGGAACCAUUGGCUUGGUGCCUAAAGCCUACAUAAUGGAGAUGUAUGAUAUUUGA